ACCCUUAACCUUACUGCUACUUGCACGCUCCUUAAGAAAGCCAUUUCCCCCUGAAAGCAGUUCUCUGGGACCACCUUCUUUUGGCUUCAACCUCUCCUAUUCUUGACAUCUGAGUAGCUCGGAGGGAAGCUCCUCCAGGUCCCAGUGUUUAUACGUGAAAGAGACUGGUCUCUAGGGCGCUGGGCCGGGAUUAUCUGAACUCUGCAGAAACGCGAGCGGCUAUUGCUUGGGGAGGGCGAAAAAGUUAACACGGUCUCCAGUGAAAAGUGACAGACGGUGGUGGCGUUUGGGACCGCUGCGAAGUCUUCUGCCUGGACCCUGAGACUUGCAUGCUAUGGAACACCCGCUCUUUGGCUGCCUGCGCAGCCCUCACGCCACCGCGCAAGGCUUGCACCCGUUCUCCCAGUCCUCUCUCGCCCUCCAUGGAAGAUCUGACCAUAUGUCCUACCCCGAGCUCUCCACUUCUUCUUCAUCUUGCAUAAUCGCUGGAUACCCCAACGAGGAGGGCAUGUUUGCCAGCCAGCAUCACAGGGGGCACCACCAUCACCACCACCACCACCACCACCACCACCAACAGCAGCAGCACCAGGCUCUGCAAACCAACUGGCACCUCCCGCAGAUGUCCUCCCCGCCGAGCGCGGCUAGGCACAGCCUCUGCCUGCAGCCUGACUCGGGAGGGCCCCCAGAGCUGGGGAGCAGCCCGCCUGUCCUGUGUUCCAACUCUUCGAGCCUGGGCUCCAACACCCCAACCGGGGCGGCGUGCACGCCAGGGGACUACGGCCGCCAGGCGCUGUCACCCGCGGAGGCAGAGAAGAGAAGUGGCGGCAAGAGGAAAAGCGAUAGCUCAGACUCCCAAGAAGGAAACUACAAGUCAGAAGUCAAUAGCAAGCCCAGGAAGGAAAGAACAGCUUUUACCAAAGAGCAAAUAAGAGAACUUGAAGCAGAGUUUGCCCAUCAUAAUUACCUGACCAGACUGAGGAGAUAUGAGAUAGCAGUGAAUCUGGAUCUCACUGAAAGACAGGUGAAAGUCUGGUUCCAGAACAGGCGAAUGAAGUGGAAGAGAGUAAAAGGAGGACAGCAAGGAGCUGCAGCUCGAGAAAAGGAACUGGUGAAUGUGAAAAAAGGAACACUUCUCCCUUCAGAGCUUUCAGGAAUUGGUGCGGCCACUCUCCAGCAAACCGGGGACUCUCUAGCAAAUGAAGACAGUCAUGACAGUGACCACAGCUCGGAGCAUGCACACUUAUGAUACACAGAGAAGAUAAGCUCCAUUCUCAGGAAAGAAAUGUUGUGAUGGCAAGCCUUAUUACUCAAACAUCGUUUACACAGAGAGAUGACUAUAACAGUGAUUUUUAAUAUUAUUAAAUACAGGCAUCUUGAGUCCAUUCAUAAUGAGUUAUAGAGGGUUUACACUAAGUACCACUUAAUAAAAAUGCUUCCACGAUGAAGAUGGAGAAGGUUAAGUUGCUUUGAAUAUUUCAGUUGUGUUGGUCAAGUGUAUGGCCAUGAGCAGGUUUGUGUUUGCUUUUGCUUGCACUGAAAAUUAAAUUGCUAUCAAGAGCAAACCAUGAGUCAUUUUUAUUCAAGAUGCCUCCAGAAUGAAGAUGCAGAAGAUGAACUUUGAACAUUCCAGAUGUAUGAGAUCAUGUGUAUGACAGUGGGCAGGUAUUUGCUUUUGCUUGCACUGACAAAUUGCUAUCAAGAAUAAACCACGAAACAUUUUAUCCUGAAUAGCCACAGUGCCUGAAAUCACUCUUAAGUGGAUUUAAAAAAUGUAUUUUAACUCUGUAUAUAUUACCCUUAAAUCAUUUUCCUGUCUUCACUAAGUUUAGCAAUGCAUUCAUAUUAGCUGAUGAAAAUAGGCACUCACAAUGACAACCAGAACCAACUUCUUGUCUUUUAUAUACAUUUUUUCAUCCCAGAAACAAUCAACACAUACUUGUGUUCAAGUAGAGAAAAAUACAUUAGAGUCUGAUAGGACAUAUUCUUGUACCACAGACAAAACAAAUCUUAUGUUGCAUUUUCUAUCAACUGCUGCUAAUACAUUAUUAUAAAACUUACCUAGCUCCUCAAUUCUUCCUAUCUUAUAGCUUGAAGAAAAUUUAGGAUCAUAACCAAAUCAGUUACCCUGCCGAAAGGGUUUUGUAUGACACGCAUUGUCUGAUUUUAUGUCUAUAAAAUGUUAGCUGUUAUGAAUAUGAUUUAAUUAUCAAGAAAGAAGGUUUCCCCAUGUUUGGCAAUGGUGUUAGACAAGUUGAAAAGCAAAAUUGGUAGAUGAGUCUCGAGUUGGUAGAUGAAACAAUUCUGGAUGUCUCCAAACUAAAUGCAGUAAAAACACAUUAUUUUUUUUUUCAUAUAUGAUGUAUUCAUGCAGAAAAACAAUCUUUGUAUUUUGUAAAAAGAAUGUUUAAUAAAUGAUCCUUUGUAAAUA